AGAAUAAUGCCUGUCAGAGAUAAAAGAUAACGAAACCUCCUAUAUACAAAAAGGUCAUUUGGAGAUAUCAUACGUAGACACACUAUCAAUGAUACCAAGACUUGUUAAGAAUAUGGACCGUUUUGUCAAGUUAUGUUUAUUUGCAGUGUACCUAUCAACAACUUCUGGUGAGUACACGGACCCACAUUGUAAUGGUAAACAGGUAAUUGUUCAUCUGUUUGAGUGGAAAUGGUCAGAUGUCGCACUAGAAUGUGAACGCUUCCUAUCCAAGAAGGGAUUUUGUGGCGUCCAGGUUUCCCCCGUCAAUGAGCACGUGAUUGUGACAUCUCCUCCUCGACCUUGGUGGGAGAGUUAUCAGCCCGUCAGCUAUAAAUUACACAGUCGCAGUGGUACCGCCGCUCAAUUCGCUGCUAUGGUCGCCAGGUGCAAGAAAGUGGGCGUCAGAAUAUAUGUAGAUGUAGUGAUAAACCAUAUGGCCGCGCUAGGACAUAAUGGUACAGGAACAGCGGGCAGUUAUUAUGAUGCUAAUAAUUACGAUUUUCCUGAAGUCCCCUAUCAAGCACAGCAUUUCAACAAACACUGUGAAUUAAAUUCAUCAACCAAUGUUCCAAUAGUAAAGAACUGUUACCUUUUAGAACUCACAGAUUUAGAUCAAAGUCUUGAAUAUGUCCGAAAUAAAAUUGCUGCGUUUUUAAAUAUUUUAAUAGAUUAUGGAGUUGCGGGUUUCCGCGUGGACGCAGCUAGACAUAUGUGGCCAAAAGACAUUACUGCAAUACAAGAAAAGGUAAAGGAUUUACCGGAAGGAGGUCGACCAUUCUUCUACCAUGAGGUGUAUGAUAUCGGCAACAAUCCUAUAACAACACAACAGUACACACCUCUUGGUUAUGUGACCGAGUUUAGAUAUUGUCUAAAAAUUAAAGAUGGUAUAACAGACUUUCGUCUUCUUAAUGAUACAGUUAAUUACCAUGACAACAUGACUGACUCAAACCACGCCUUUAUAUUUGUAGACAAUCACGAUAACGUCAGAGAUAAAGGAGCCGUGUUAACUUUUAUGAAUCAAACAGAGUAUAAAAUGGCAGUGGCCUACACUUUGGCUAACGAUUAUGGAUUUACCAGAGUGAUGUCGAAUUAUUAUUUUGGAGAAAACACUGAUCUUGGACCCCCGCAUAAUUUUGACUAUUCGAUUAAAGAUGUGACAAUCAAACAAGACAAUAUAUCAUGUGGUAAUGGUUGGGUUUGUGAACAUAGAUGGCGCUCUGUAGCAAACAUGGUUGCAUUUAGAAAUGCUGUUGUUGGUACAAAGAAAGAGAAUGUUUACAACCGUAAUGAUCAGAUAGCUUUCUCUAGAGGGAACAAAGGAUUUUUCGCUAUGGCGCGUGACGGUCAUAUGAACAUGACGCUGCAGACAGGACUUCCGCCGGGGAAAUACUGUGACAUCAUUUCCGAUUGUGCCAAUCAGAUUUCAGUUGACGGAACCGGAAUGGCCACCAUUGUGAUUGAUGAUAAGAAUGAACCAGUUGUCGCCUUUAUUGUUGGGCGACCUUAUAUGAAUGCUGGUACAACUGUAAGCUCCGCUACAGGUUCAACAAAUGGCCAACUAAUAGGUCCAACAACAACAAGUCAUUCAACUAGUUUAAAUACUUCAUUUCCCACCAAUCAUGUGACAACAACAACUGCAUCGCUAACAUCCACACCGACAUCUGAUUUCAAAAGAACUGUUAUUUUAAUUGAACGACCAACUCAAGAAGGACAAGAUUUGUUUAUUCGAGGUGGCUUUGAUAAAGACCGACAUCCAGAAUGUGCUCACCUUCAAACAGUUACCGCAUCAAACCCUUGCGUGAUUCCGAUUAAAGAUCGUCAUAUUGGAAAUGGAUCACACUAUGCUAAGUACAAUGCGUGGUCUGUAAAUGAUAACUUUUUGGACUGGCAAGGUGCAGAACCUAAUCAAGGGCGUUUCAAUGACGCUUUGGCUCAAGGAACACCGGCCGUCUGGACAACAAAUGAUUUAAACCAUCCUGCAUUCAGUCCUUUUAAUGCAUACGGGAAUCACUAUUGGUUGGUGGAUAUAGACAUGGACUGUAGCAAAACUGAAAAUGGUUGGUUCGAGUUAAAGGCUGUCGUCAACGGACAGUGGGAAAAUAACAUCCGUUCAGAUCCUUGCACUGGUGCAGGACCUGUUCCGGCUCCAACAAAGAAUCACUGGGCAAAAUGUGGAAGGCUAAAUGUUUUCCAUUUUAAUGAUCCAAGAUGUGAAAUAAAGGACAUUCUUUAGUUUGAUUGUUAGAAUAUCUUAUGCUGAAUAGCAAAAUUUAGAAUGAUAUAA